AUGGGAAAUACAAUAUCUACUAAUGAAUCACAUCAUCAAAAUAAUGAAGAAAAAGAAUUUCUUGAUUAUUGUAAAGAGUCAGAGAGAAUGAUUAGACUUAACCCACCAUUUAAAUUAGUUAGAACAACACCAGAAAAAGCUAUAGAAUUUGUAAAACAACAUGCACCAGAAUAUACACCUGAAGUUUUAGAAUAUCCUAAUCCAUUACCAGAAGAAUUUAAAGCAAUUAAACAUGAACAAGAAUUACCAAUAGAAUUAAGAGAAAGAAUUAUUGGAUUAAUUAUUGGACAAGCAGUUGGAGAUGCAGUUGGAUUAUCUACAGAAUUUAUUAAUAAAGAAAGUGCAAAAUAUUUUUAUAAAGGAGAGCAUAUAAAUUAUAAACAUUAUAUUAUUGAUCAACAUCGAUCAAAAUGGAUGAAUGAAGAAUUUAAGUGUGGAGAUUGGACAGAUGAUACAGAUCAAUGUAUUUUAAUAAUAGAUAGUCUUGUUCAUAAUAAUGGAGAAGUUGAUGUAAUAGACUUUGCAAAAAGAUGUUAUUAUUGGAUUCAUUUUGGAUUUACAGAAUUAGGAGAUUUAGGAGGACUUGGAAUUGGAAAGAAUUUUGGAAAAAUAGUAAGAAGUAAAGGAUGGAUUAAUGAUCCAAUUGGACAAAGUGAAAAAAUUUGGAGAGAAGGAGGAUGUAAAGCAGCACCAAAUGGAAGUGUGAUGAGAACAUCAGUUCUAGCAAUACCAUAUUUCUGGGAUGAAGAAAAAGUUAAAGAAAAUUCAAAGAAAAUAGGAAGUACUACACAUGCAGAUCCUAGAUGUCAAGCAUCUGUUAAUGUAAUUGUACUUAUAUUAGCAAAAUUAUUACAAGGAAGAGAAGAUAUUGAAGAAAUAAUUAAAGAAUCAAUUUAUGAUAGUGAAAAAAUGUUAAAUGAAGAAUAUAAAAAAGAAUUUAUAGAAUACACAAAUGCUAAAACACUUGAAGAAAUAAAAUUAAAUGAAUCUAUAGGAUAUACAUUUAAACCUGUAGGAUGUGCUAUAUUAUCAUUAAGAGAAGCAUUUAAAAUGAAAGAAAAAGGAAUAGAUAAAACAAUAAUAUUUGAAAAAUUAAUUGAAAGAAUUGCAUAUGAAGGAGGAGAUGCAGAUACAAAUGGAGCAGUAGUUGGAGCAGUUCUUGGAACAUAUUUAAAAGGAAUUUGUAUGCCUAAUGAUUGGUUAGAUUUAGAUAAUAAAAAAUGGUUAGAAGAACGAUUAAAUCGUUUAUUACAUCUUUAUCAAUUAGAACCUUUUCAUUUUAAAUAA